AUGGCGAUUUUAGACUCCCAGGUAAUCAUUAAAGUAUAUAUUGAAGAUGUAGGACAGCAUUAUGUAGAAGUACCCAUAACACCUAAUACUUCCUGUCAAGAUGUUGUUGAUUGUACUAAAGAACCUGGUAGAGAAUCAGGAUAUAUUGUGGUCAUUAAACAGGGUACAGAACAUAUUUUAUCAUAUAAUGAUAAUAUUUAUAGUUUAUUACAAUUACAAGGUAAAGAAAAAGAAAAUUUAGUAUUUGUACUACAUUAUGGUAGUGUUAUAUAUCAAGAUGAUAUGGCAGAUUUACCAUCAAGGUCCUAA